AUGCCACGUAACGAAUCCCCUAUAGUGGUUGAAACGCAAUCGUCGGCUUCCUCGACACCUUCAUCUUCUCUAACACAACAAUCCAUAUUAUCCACAUCUCCUCCUACACAAUCAAUACUCUCUUCAUUAUAUUCGAGUUCAAAUCAAUCGCUUCAAGAUUUUCAGUCUGGAACCAGCGGUCAAUCUUCGUCAUACUUACCUAGCUUCCGUGAUAGCGUUCCACCGCCAAGACGCAAUGAAGAAGGAGAAAAGAAAGAUCGGUCACGUGUUAGGAUGACGUUCUUUGGUAAAUCAAUGUUUGGCAAUCCGAAGAAAGAAGUUGAUACUUCCAAGACUGUCUUUGGAGUACCUCUUGAUCAAGCAAUUGCUGUCGCGAGAAUAAAAGAAGGAUAUGAACUUCCCGCGGUUGUUUACCGCUGUAUUGAGUUUUUGGAUGUUCAUAAUGCUGCGUUGGAAGAAGGAAUUUAUCGUUUAAAUGGAUUAAAUA